GAACUGGGAGGUGCUCUUAAUACACCCCAGGAGAAAAUUUUUGUGGCUGCAGGGUCUGAAGUUAGAGGUUUCACAAAGAAAGGGAAGCAGUUCCUUGCAUUUAACACCAACCUCACUGAGAACAUCAAAGCUAUGUAUGUAUACUGAAAAAUACAUUAGUAGCCUUAGAUGUGUUACUGUCAUUUAGGUGCUAAAUUGUUAUCCUAAUGAAUGAAAUAGAUAUUUGUUACAUUUUAGUGUCCUGUUUAACAAUCACUUUAUGUAUGCUAACAUUCCUUAUUUGCCUUGAAUCUUAGCAUAAAUUUUAUUUGUGUAUGGUUCUGUAUAAAGGUCUGGUUACCAUCCUGCACUUUUGCAACAGUAAUUUUGCCCUCAGCAGUGUGCAUACACAAGCACUGACUUUAAUGAAAGUCAUUAAAAUAAAAAACAGAAAUUAGCUGAGUCAUUAAAAGCUAAUCAGUUUAAUUGAAAGAUAAGGUUGAAACAGUGCAACACUUUAGCUGAUUCACAAUUAAAUUAAAUCACAAAUCAAAUCUUCUUACUGCGUUUUCCAGAGUAAUAUCUGAACCUGUUGUGUGUAUUACUUUAAUCUCCUGUAAUUGAUGAAAACCAUAAGCUGGUUUGACAUAAUACAGUAUUGAUAAUUUAAUUAAAUGCUGAUGUGCUGAACAAUCUGUUGCUUUAUUUUUUAACAAAAGUUUGGUGUGUAUGAUUGAAAUUUAAGUGAUACAUUUUGUUAUAUAGUUGGAGUCAAUAGUUUUUAAACAAGUUGAAAGAAUGAUAGGAGCAUUGUUACCCUUGUUUGUUCAUAGAAUCAUAGAAUUGUAGAGUUUGAAGUGACCACAAGAGUCAUCUAGUCCAACCCCUUGCAAUGCAGGAAUAUUUUGCCCAGUGUGGGGCUUGAACCUACAUCCUUGAGAUUAAGAGUCACGUGCUCUUCCAACUGAGCUAUCCCAUUUGGGGAAAGUUGCAGAUCACUGAUAGAGUGCAUACCUUUCAUGCAAAAGUUCCAAAGGUCAAUCCCUGACAUCUCCAGGUAGGGCCGGGAGAGACCCCUGCCCCUAACUCAGGAGAGCUGCAGAGCUGCUGCUAGUCAGUGUCAGCAGUGCUAAACUAGAUGAACUAUUAGUCCUUCCGUUUCCCAGUUAUGGUCUGAAGGCACAUGAAACAACCAACUUACUAUAGUUAAGUUGUUCUGGAGUUGGUCAGUACCUGAAUGGGACACCUCCCAGGAGCCACAUGUAUGCCACAUUGAAUUCCACCUUGAGUUCCAUGAUGGAAGAAAGGCGGAAUACAAAGUGACGCAGAGUUCAGUAGGUUAGAGCUUGGUGCUGAUAACACCAAGGUUACAGGUUCGAUCCCCAUAUGGGACAGCUGCAUAUUCCUGCAUAGAGUCCCUUCCAACUCUACAAUUCUAUGAUGAAAUGCAAGAAGAUAAAACAUUUUAAAACAUGUUGUCUGGCCAAACAUGUCAAUUCAGUCAAACAAGAUCUGCAUGUUUAUGGAUCGCUACAGAACUUGUUUCCCAACAGUUGAAUUGGUGUACGCAUCAUGGACAAUGAUACUUCUUUUAUGCAUCUUUCAGUUCCUGGAAAACUAUUAUCUGUCUCCAAAAAUAGGCUGGAAUCAUGGUAUUCUACAAUAAAAUAAUUGAAUAAAUAUGCUUCUUUCUUGUACCAGUUUACAUUCAAAGCUAAACUAGAAAUAUUUAGAAGCUUUAUUAAUUCUUACAUCCUUCCUCUGAAUAGUUGAAAGCAGUAUUUUAUCCCCCAAAUGACCAUGGGAAUAGGCUGGGAGAAAAUGACUUGCCAAAGGCAUAUAUCUGGAUCAGAUCUCUUUCUUGGUGCAAGCUAUGUCUAUAAUCAUUACUGUGACUGUAAGGAUCAGCAUUACUACCUAUCAGGAGACAAAAUCAAUGAUGUUCUCUGCCUUCCAGUAGAGAAGCUGUCUUGCAUUACACCAGUAUUGGCAUGUCAAGAUAGAGUCGUUAGAGUUUUGCAGGGGUCAGAUUUGCUGUAUGAAAUGGAAGUUCCAGGUCCACCCACAGUUCUGACUUUGAACAAUGGAAAUGGUGGUGACUCUGGUGAAGAAGUUCUGUUUGGGACAUCUGAUGGUAAAAUUGGCCUAGUAGAGAUCUCUGGUGUUUCUCCAGUAGAAAAGUGGAAAAUUGAAAAUGAGAAAAAAAGAGGUGGCAUCUUAUGUAUGGAUAGCUUUGACAUUUUGGGAGAUGGAGUUAAAGAAUUGAUCAUCGGUCGCGAUGAUGGAAUGUUAGAAAUCUAUAACUUUGAAUAUGCAAAGAGCCCCAUCCUCAGAUAUGAAUAUGCCUUGUCAGAAAGUGUCACAUCUGUUCAAGGUGGCUGUGUUGGGAAAGAAGGCUAUGAUGAGAUCAUAGCAUCAACAUAUUCAGGGUGGGUGUCAGGACUGACUACGGAGCCUACCCACAGAGAAUGUGGAUCAGGGGAUGGCUUAAAGAUGACUCAUGAAAUGCAGAACAAGGUUUUGUCCUUAAGGAAUGAAUUGGAACAGCUACAGAUCAAGGUACUUCAUGAGCGUGAAAAAUACCAGCAGUCUUCUCAGUCCAGCACUGCUGUGUCAGCAGUCCCAACCUUCAGCAUAAAUGAUAAGUUUACAUUAAAUAGAGAUGAUGCAAGCUACAGCCUUGUUUUAGAAGUCCAGGCAGCAAUUGAUACUGUCUUGCUUCAGUGUGAUGUUCCAAUAGAUCUAAAGGAUGUGGAUAAAAAUUCAGCUGUGGUUAGUGUUGUUGACUGCGAAUCAGAGCCAAAUGGCAACUUCCUCCUUGCCACAUAUCGCUGUCAAGUAAAUACCACAAGGUUGGAGCUUAAGAUUCUAUCAAUUGAAGGUCGGUAUGGGACUCUGCAAGCAUAUGUAACUCCAAGAGUUCAACCAAAAACCUGUCAAGUUCGGCAGUAUCAGAUUAAGCCACUUUCACUUCAUCAGAGGACGCAUUGUAUUGAUCGUGACAGACCCAUGAAUACACUAACCCUCAAAGGCCAGUUCAGCUUUGCUGAAGUUCACUCCUGGGUGGUGUUUUGCUUGCCUGAAGUUCCCGACAAGACACCAGUGGGGGAGAGUGUCAGCUUCUACUUUCAGAAUACUUUUUUGGAUACACAACUUGAAUGUACUUACCGGAAAGGCGAGGGCUACUUUAAAUCUGACAAUAUAUCCACAAUAUCCAUUCUAAAGGAUGUGCUCUCUAAAGAAGCCACUAAAAGGAAAAUUAAUCUCAAUAUAUCCUGUGAUAUAAAUGAAGUAUCUGUGAACCACACCUUAAAGCUAAUCCACCCAAAAUUAGAAUACCAGCUAAUGUUGGCUAAAAAGGUUGAACUGUUGGAUGCUUUAAAAGAAUUGCAGGCUCAUGAAGGAAAUACAGACUUCCUGAUUCCAGAGUACCGCAGCAUUUUGGAGGAGGCAGAGGAGCUGCUCAAAGAACACAAAAAACAACCUACAUCUCUUGAAAGACUUUAUGGUAUGAUUACAGAUCUGUUCAUAGAUAAAUUUAAAUUCAAAGGCACUAAUGUGAAAACCAAAGUUCCCCUUCUCCUGGAAAUUUUGGGAAGUUAUGAUCAAAAAGCAUUAAUUGCCUUUUUUGACAGCGCUGCUUAAAUGGGAAGAAUUGGACCAGCAAUCUGAAGAUAAAGUAGUGGACAUAGAGCAGGCAUAUUGGAUCUUCAUUUACUUCCAUUUUAAAAUAUAUGUUACUAUACUUUAUUUUAUUGAUUUAUAUCAGUGUCUUGUACCUGUUAUUUAAAAAAAUGACUGAUGUCAAGAACAUACGUUAUAUGAAAUCACCCCCCCCCUUUUUUUGCUUGAACAAUGGUUGGUAUUGUUAGCUAAUUUGCAGUGAGAUCAGGUACAUACAGUCCAAAUUAGUUUUGUAUAAAACAUUCCCAGAUUCUUACUUUUUAAUAAUAUACAAUUGGAUUUUAAUUUAUUUUAGCUAUGAAAUGAGCAAACUUUGAAGCUUGAAAAUUUUGAAUAUAGCCAUGUAAAAUUGUUCACUGUAUUUUCUGUAAAUAGUUGAGCAAACCCAUGAUCCUGCUGUCCUGGCAGGUCAUAUAUACCACUGCAACAUUGAUGUACCUGGUAGCUUAUACUUGUCCAGUACAGGAGAGAGCAGGAAAAUAUGCAAAGUAGCGGUAUACCUUCAGCAUCCAUGGAAGUGCGGUUACAAGGUCUGUGUCUGAACCCACAUGCAUAUCCAGCUCUCACAUGUAUUCCACACUACAAUAAGUUAAGGAUAUUUUUUAGAGAUACAACAUGCGCCCAUUAUGAGUAUGUGUUUACCCUUAUCUUUAUGCCCCAAGAAAUUAGCAUCCAAGAGGAAUAAAAAAACAUUGCUUACUUGAAAUGAAAGUGAUAGGGUAUAUAGAAGCUGCUUAAGGCAGUAAAAAUACAAUAUAAGCAGGCAGCAUACAUACACAUCCUGAUGAUCUAAAGAGUAAAAUAAUCCCUAACUACUCCAAAAGCCUGAAGGGAGCGUGACAAUUUUGCAACAGACCCACACUAAAAGUGAGAAGGGGAAGGUGAAAGGCAUACCUGUCCUCAAGCAAAGUAUAGUAUCAGGCUGGUCCUUGGGAGUGUAAAGAGCAUCUGUGUUAGAGCUUGUGAGAGUUAACUAUCCAUUGAAAAUCUGGAAAGUAUUCUUUUUAAACCAUGUAUUCACAUGGAGGGGGGAAGUAGUCUUUUGGAUGAAUGAUUUGUCAUAAUACUUUUAUUCCUUUGUUGCAUUGUUUAUUUCCUGCACAUUUUUGUCUCCGCUCCCCCACCAUUUUGUUUACUUUUCUCAGUUGUUAGUUGAAAUGACAUGAUCAUAGGGAGAAAUGAAUAACUGGCUAUCUUUGAUUCCUGAAUUCUAAGUUUAUUUUCUAUAAACUCUAUUGUCUAUGCAUUGCCCCUGCAGGAGGGAUAAAUUAAGUUUGCUGCUAUAACCAGAUUAGUGUGCUGAUCUUUACAUUAAGUGUAGAGAAAUCAGGAAUUUACCAAUGCCAUCCAGGCUACAUUCAGAAUAAGAACUAGCUCCAGGGUCAAGAUAGAAACCAUAGGAAAAGUUCAUAUUUCUGUACAGAAUUUCAAAAUGCCCCCCAUGUCAAACCGACAUGAAAAGAGCAGCUUCUCCCCUCCUCACCCCAUCCUACAUACAGUACACAAAUUGCUGGGCAUUGUGUAUGUGUACAGAACUGUACAUGUGUGUUAUAUGCAAUUAUGUAUAUAAGAAGGAAAUUGCUAAAUUAUUUUAAAUAAAACUAUAUUAAUGGCUCUAGUCUAAUUCAUAAUCACUUUGAUAAAUAGAAUGUCUAAAUGUGUGUGUGCAAGUCUCUGAAAUAUAUCAAAUGUGAUACAAUGAGCAUUAAAAAUGUUUUAAAGUCACAUUAUGUUUGCAUUGUGGGUGGAGGUGUAUUGCUCACUAUUUGUAUUACAGCAAUAGGUGCUUGUUACAACUGAACGCAACCAUAUGCCAGCUGCACUUGUAGGAUAUGAAUUCCAUGGGAUAAGAGUUGUAUUUUCCCAGAUUGAAAGUACAGUGCUGAGCAAGUGCAAUCUGAGCAGCAGCAGCAGUGAAACCUUGAGGAAAGGUGCUUUUUCAAAGAUGCAGCAGCCAUACUUUUACUGCAUGUACUAAAAACUGAAUCUCUACAAAGGGCUUUAGACAGAUGUGGAGUGGUCUAAUUUUUAUAAGGUUGUAGCAGAAUUACAAAGAAAGAUAAAUCAAGUAAUAGCUUCAAAAAUGUCUACUCAAUAGCUUGGUUGCUGAACAAAAUUUGAAAAUGGUGAUUUUGAACUUGAGGAAAUUCAAUGCAUGGAGUGGAUUAAGGAGGUGCCUCUGAGAAACAUUCUGUAUUUAGGGGUGGUAAUUGGGGGAGGGUAGAAUGGGAAAUGGUAACUUUGAGGUACCUUAGGGCUGGGCAGGCAACACACACGUUUGGUAAAAUGCCUGAUUUUCAUUCCAGCAAAAUACCAGGGGGAAAAUUGUUUCUGAGGAAAGCUGCAUAUGUAUCUACAGAGAAAGGGUAAAGCAAAGCAUUCACACUGCAUACAGUAUGUUAACAGCCUUCUGUCCAUUUAUUCCAAGGCACUUAAGGACAUAUAUACAAGGAUAAUAUAUUUGAAUAUAUUUUACCAGUUUGGUAAUAAGAUUGACUUUUGUGAGUCCACCCAGUAAUUUUCAUAGCUUCCCCAGAUG